AUGGGAUUGGGAGCGGGCAGUCGGCUUGCCAUCGGUCGCAAUUACGGCCGCAAAACCCAGAGAUUCAUGGCAGGUGCAUUGGGGCUGGCUGGGGCUGCGGCCGGAGCCGCUGCCCCGGUUUACGCCUACCUCGCCAACCGUGAAGCUUUAAAUGUAACGGCCAUUGGAAUCCUCACCAGCGCACCCGGGAAUCUGACUAGAGAAACCGGGCAACGCAUACUC